AUGAAAGAAAGACUUUUAGUUUCAGUUACAAGCGGGAAAUAUUUAAAAAAAAAGAAACAAUGGGUAUUAGUAAAAUUAAAAUUACAUGGUAGUAAAUAUAAAACUAAAUAUGUUAAUGGUGGAGAAGAUGUAGUAUUUCAAAAAGAGACAUUUAUAUUUGAGGUUAAUGAAGAGGUUUAUCCAGCAGGUGAAAUGGAAAUUAUGGUAGAAACAUGGGAAAUGUUAUCUAGUGGCGAAUCAUUUGCUUUUGCGACUGUACCUUUAGCACCUAUUACAGCAGAGAUUAGAACCAAUAUAGCAAAUGGUGUUAACCCAGCAAACCACAGCAAUCAUCAAAAAAUAUAUUUAGAAGGUUUUGAUGAGAAACCACCAUCACCAACACCAACUUUAGCACCAUCAUCAUUAGAUAAGGUAAUCAUUUUAAAAAAUAAAAAACAACAACAAAACGAUUUAAAUACAAGUAAUAGUAGUAAUAAAAGCUCGAGUAAUAAUAAGGAUGAAGAAAAUGAAGAAAAGGUAAUGUGUAUUAUAUUAAAUUUCGAAUUAGUGCCCGAAAAUGAUUCAACUACUAUGAAGUCACUACCACUGAUGUUUAGAUGGUUUCCUGAAUUACCACAUAAUGAGCAAGUUAUUUCAGAGUGUUAUUGUACAAAGCAAGCAAAGAAAAUGGUUGGUAUGUCACACUCUGGUACAAUGUAUAUUACACAGGGUUACAUUGGUUUUCGUAGUCCAUCCCAUCUAGCUAAAAAUAAGAAACUUUUAAUUAGUUUUAAAGACAUCAAGAGUAUAAAGAAAAAAAUUGGCUCCUUUUAUUUACCAAAUGCAAUUCAAAUCAGAACAGGGAAAAAGAAAUAUGUAUUUGCAUCUUUUAUCCACAGAUCAAAAGCUUACAAGGUUUUAACCAGCCAAUGGACACUUAAUGGUGGCGGCAAUAAUGCAAAUGAUAUCGAGGAGGAUGAUGAUAGUAACGACGAUGAAUCAAAUCUUUCAUCAUUAUCAACUAGUGUUCUAAAUGAGGAGGAGGACGAAGAAAUAUCAAUGAUAAAUAAUGGUCAUCACCAACAUAGUAGUAAUAAUCCAUUAAAUCAACAGCAAUUGGUUAGAAAUUUAUCACCUUUACCCAAAUCAUCACAGUCAUCAUCUUCAGCAAAUCCUACAAAUUUAGCAGGUAGUGGCACUAAAAAAAGAUCGUUAUCAAUUAGUUUACAAGCGCCAUCACCAAACCAAUUGAAUUCAUCACCAUCAAGAGGUACUCCAACUAAUCCAGAUACAAAGGAUAGUUUUUUACCAACAACAGCAUCGACAAAUAUUAAAAUUUCAAUUGAAAUUGAAGAUUAUCAAAUUUUAGGAUGUACCAGCAUUAUCACAAUUUCAGUUUCAAAUGAUUCACUUGUCAAAGAUUUAUUAGAAAAAUUAAAAUCAAAAUUAUUCACAAAUUCAAAUUUAUCUUAUGAAGACCAACAGCAAUAUAUAUUAGCAAAAUCCAAAAAUAAAAAAUCAAAAAGAUCAAGUAAAAGAAUAAUGUACUCCAUAGAUCAAUUAAUAGAUAUAAAUAGUAAUAAUAACAAUAAUGGUACAGAUAAUAAUUCAAAAGCGCCACCAUCACCGCAGCUAUCAUCGGAUAGAGGCAGUAUUAAUAAUAUAAUAAACAACAUAAACAAUAAAGAUAUGAUAAUACCAACUAGAUCAGUAACUUUAAGCCACCGUGGAGUCAAAUCUAAUCAAAUUAAUUCAUCACCAUCAUUGUCAUCGACCGGAGGUGAAAAGAAAUUUUAUAUUUUAGAAAAUGAAAAAGUCCUAUCAAGUUACUUCAGCUCAUCAUUAACCUCACCAGCAACUACAUCAUCUGAGUUAUUAUAUUUCAAAAAACAGAUACCAGUUAAAGAAAUCAAUUUAAUUUUUGAAUUGGUAGAAGAUAAAUUAAAAACAAUUAAAUUAAUAUUAUCAGUCGACACCAAAAUUUCAGAUAUCUAUAGAGAAGUUUCAAAUUAUAAUUCACAUAAAAUUUAUGCAGAAGAAUAUUACUUUUAUUUACCAAAAAAUUCAGAGAGGGGUAUAGUUUUACAAAAAGAGAAAACUUUAAGAGAUUAUAAUAUUACAAAAUCAAAUUCUUUAAUUCAGGUUGUUAAGAUUCCACCAUUCAAAUCAUUUAUCGAUAAAUUUAAAUAUUUUGAUAAAAAUGAUAGAAAUUUAUUGUAUGAAUUGGUACAAUGUUGUUUCAGUAAUUCAUUGCCAUUAAUGAAGCCACAAGACAUCGAAAAUCCACAAGAUUUUUUAGAUAAAUUGCAACAAAAAUUAAAUAUUGACGAUAUAGAAGCCAGAACAAUCACAAAGAAUCUAUUAAUUAAUUCAUCAUACAGAGAUGAAGGAAUAUUGGUAGAAUUGAAGAGCAGAAUGGAAUCACUUUUAUUAGAUGCAAAUCCUUAUUAUAGUGAAUUUACAUUUGAAAAAAAAGAAUUAUACGAAACUUGGAAGUCUAUAGAAAUUAAUAAUUUAACUAGGGUUAUGCGUUCAGUAAUUUUCAAAGAGGAUUUCAUCGGGUUCCUUUUUAUUAAUGUUUUAGAGGCAGAGAAUUUAAAAUUAAAUAGUAAUCAACAAGGUGUCAACUGUUAUUUAGUUUUGUCAAGUGGUGAAAAGUUAGUUAAAACUACAACUAUUAUGCAAGAAACCGAUCCAAUUUGGUCAGAAUCAUUUAUAAUUAAAAUUAAAAAACCAAGAUCGAAAUUAGAAAUUCUAGUAAUGAAUUCUGUGGGUAAUGGAAAGGAUGAUGAGUGUAUUGGCAUUAUUGAAUUGUCUAUUAAAGAUCAUUUUGAAGACCAAUUGGAGUUACACAAAGACCAUUGGUUUAAUAUUACAAGUAUUCAUGGUACUGGUAGAGUGCAUCUUUCAUUUGAGUAUCAAUAUCAAUUCCAAGAGUAUAACAAAUAUUUAAUUAACGUACCAAAGCGUCAAGAGGUACUAAAGUCAUCCGAAUCACUCUCUAAUAACACCAAUCCAGCAGAUAAUCCAACAAGUUCAAUUAAUAAUCAACACAGAUGCACAGUAUUACAUGCUCCUUUGUACACCCAAUUGCUAAAUUUCAUUUUAGAAAGACAAGAGGAUUUUAAACUUUCAAAAUUCAAAUUUUCACCAUUAUCUUCAAAGAGACAUUCAUCUUCAUCCACAACACCAAAGUUUAUUAACCCAUUCGAUGAUACCACAAAUGAUGAUAAGGAAGAAGAUGUUUGGAUUUUGGGUUCAUUUAAAAUGCUUUUAAAUCAAUAUAGUAUUAGAUAUGGUUUAUCGAAAUCAACUACAUUAGCAAUUCAGCUAUCUAUUAUGUCAGAGAGAUACUCUACAGAGAUGAAGCCUUCAUUAGCUUCAUCUACAACCGCUCUUUCAAAUUAUAGUAAGAAUUAUAUAAUAGAGUUGGAAGAAGUAUUAGAAAGUAUUUAUCAAAUUUCUACUGGUGAUGAUCUCGAUAAUAUAUUUUUAAAGAGUGAAAUAACAACCAUAAAUUCAUCGGUUUUACCAUUAAUGGAACAGAUUAAAUAUACUGUCGGUAGAUAUAUGGAGUCUUUCCCAGGUAAUAAGCCAAGAGGUGCUUUAAAAAGUUUGGUAAAUUCUUUGCACUUUAUCAUCAAGAUCAUCAACUUUCAUAAUAGCGAGGCUCCACAACUCAAUUUUAACCAAUUACUAACCAAAACUAUUAUGGUAGAGCAAAAAAAGAAAUUUGAAGAAAAUAUUGCAGCCAUGGGUUUCUUACAAUUAGAUCUACAAUCAAAGAUUAAAUUAAUUUCAGAGAUUUCGUUAAUGUUGGUAGAGCUUAUUGGUAUUAUUCAAGAGGAAGUCAACAGUACAUUAAAAUAUGAAGGAUCAUUCCCAAUCGAUGUAAAGAUUACAUGCGAUCUAAUUGAUUGCUGGGGUUCAUGUAUUUUAGCAGUAAUGGAAGACUUUUGUAGUUGGGCUCCAUACCAUCCAAAUAUUUUGGUAUUGGUAAAAAGAAUUUUAGAUUACCAUAAUUUUACCAAAUCAAUUUCAAUGGAAAGAUUUAAACCAAUGCCAUUAAAACAAUUGUUUGUAACAUAUGUCUAUAAAUUGUUAAAAGAAAUUAAAAGUAAUCUAUCAAGACUUUGCACCAAUUCAAUUAAAAAAGAUGAUAAACGUACAUUGGCUUCAAUUACAUUGGGCCACUCUUCAAGUUUUAUAGAGUUUUUUAAUGCCUGCGACCAAUCUCUUAAGGAUUUCGAUUCAUUAAUGUGGCUACCAGACUCAUUCUCAUUUGUGCAGUUAUUAGAAGUUAUAGCAUCUGAGGUAGUGCAUUACGUUAGCGAUUUAAAGAAAGAGUUUGAGCAUUACAUAUUACAUACCGAAAUUGAAAGUGGUGAUAGACCAGUACUGUUCACACUAAAUGUUGAACCAUGCAUCAUCUAUAAUAACAUUGAACAAUCAAUAAAGAAGUUGGAACAUUUAUCUCAAGUUAUUAAUACAAAUCUUUCCAACAACAUCAAAGAAAGAAAAAAACAAGGUGAAACUCAGCAAAUGGAUCGUACAACUAAACAGUGUGUUGAAGAUAGUUUUAAGCUUUGUUUAGACGAUACAAUGAAGUUCAUUAAUCAAACUAUUCAAGAUUUAGAGGAUUUUUUAGUGAUUAGAAUUAAAAAUUAUUUAUUUUAUUGUUUUUCAUCAAUUUUAUUCUCUGAACCAUUGGUAUUAAAGAAUAGUCAUUUUACUGAACCUGUUGUACCUAGUGAUCAGGUUGAAAUUGUAGCUACAAAUAAUGGUUUAGAAGGUGGUUCAUUAUCAACGUCAUAUAAUUCAGGUAAUAACACUCCAACAUCAACUACAGGUAUAUCAUCACCAAUUCAACAACCUCCAACACAAUUUGUUUCAAUUCAAAGCUCACAAUCAAACUCAUCAGGUUCUUUAAUGGAAGGCCUUUCAACAAGUAACAGUAAUAACUCAGUUAAUCCCGCAAAAAUCAAUGCUAGAUAUGAAAAGAUGAUUCUAUCACAAAUUAAAGAAUUUUUAACACCAAAAAUUGAAGAGCUCUAUGGUAAACUUAGAGAGCAAUUAUUUAAACCAUUCAUUAAGAAGUUAUGGUGUCAAAUUGUUGAGGAGCUUCAGUACCUUUUCAUUCAAAGACCAAAAGAAAAAAUAUUACCAUUCCAUAAAGCAAACAUUGUAAUUUUAAAUUUUGAUCAAAUUGCAAUUGUAAAUUCAGUUCUUAAAGAGUUAAUCGUAUUAUUCCAUAGAGGAGGCAGUGGUAUUGCAACACCCAUUUUAGAAGAAAAACUCCAACCAUUACGUUUGUUAAUUUCACUUUCUGAAAUGGAUUCAACUUCAUUAAUUGAUACAUAUAAUCAGAAAUCAUUUAGCGGCACAAGUAGCAGUAGUAGUUCCAAACCACAGCCAACAAAAGAAUUGGUUAUUUCAGUAUUAGCCACAAGAGUGGAUUUUGAUAAAGAGGCUCGUACAUUUGUAAAUAAAAUUAAUGGUGUAGAUGAAAAGCCUUUAGUUGUAGAUGGUACAAAUGUUGAUAUUUCAGAAAUUAAAGUUAUUCCUGAAACUGAAUUUAUUAUUGACAAGUAUCAUUGUUCAUAUAAUGGCCAAUUAGGUUUAUUAAUCAUUAGUAGUAGAUAUUUAGGUUUUCAUAAUCUUUUAAGACAAGUUGGUGUUUCUAUUGGUAAUAAGAUUUCUGUAGCUUUAUUAAAUAUUGUAGAAGUAAAGAAAAUUAAAGUUGCUUUAAUAUUUAACGCAAUUCAAAUUAAAACAAACGAAAACAAAAUUUAUAAUUUCUCUGGUUUUUUAGAUAGAGAUACUGUAUAUAAUGAUAUUCUCCAUCAAAUCAAAGUAGCACAAAAAAAUAUAAAUAAAAAGCAACAAAAAAUAAAAAAAUAA